CAAACUAUUGACGACAAGUCAGAACCUGCUGCCGUUCUACGGAAUCUUGACAAGGUACUUCCAACCGAACAACAAGACCACAGAAUUGUUGUAAUAGACAGGUUCUACACGUCUGCCGCGCUGGGACUUGAGCUUUUGUCAAACAACACUUACGCAGUGGGCACAAUUCAGACUCGAUGUAUCGGGUUUCCAGCAGAACUGAAAGAAAAGCGUAAGAAAAGGCCUGACGAUAUUGUUCGGGGCUCGUACGCGCUUGCCCGAUGA